AGCAUGAGGCAGCAUGUCUGAUAAAAUGUCCAGCUUCCUCUACAUCGGGGACAUCGUGUCCCUGUACGCGGAGGGCUCCGUCAACGGCUUCAUCAGCACCCUGGGGUUGGUGGAUGACAGAUGUGUGGUACAUCCAGAGGCAGGGGACCUGACCAACCCUCCCAAGAAGUUCAGAGACUGCCUUUUCAAGGUGUGCCCUAUGAACCGGUAUUCGGCCCAGAAGCAAUACUGGAAAGCCAAGCAGGCCAAACAAGGGAACCACACAGAAGCAGCCUUGCUGAAGAAGUUGCAGCAUGCUGCAGAACUGGAACAAAAACAGAAUGAAUCAGAGAAUAAGAAACUGUUGGGAGAAAUUGUAAAGUACAGUAAUGUUAUACAACUGCUGCAUAUAAAAAGCAACAAAUAUCUGACCGUCAACAAGAGAUUGCCCGCUCUACUGGAGAAGAACGCCAUGCGAGUGUCCUUGGAUGCUGCGGGCAAUGAAGGGUCUUGGUUUUAUGUUCAUCCCUUCUGGAAGCUGAGAAGUGAGGGCGACAAUAUUGUUGUGGGAGAUAAAGUUGUUCUGAUGCCAGUGAACGCAGGCCAACCGCUACAUGCCAGCAACAUCGAGCUCCUUGAUAACCCAGGAUGCAAAGAGGUGAAUGCUGUUAAUUGUAACACUAGCUGGAAAAUCACCUUAUUCAUGAAAUUUAGUUCCUAUCGAGAGGAUGUGUUAAAAGGAGGCGAUGUUGUUAGAUUGUUUCAUGCAGAGCAAGAGAAGUUUCUGACUUGUGAUGAAUAUGAGAAAAAACAGCACAUUUUCCUUCGUACAACCUUGCGUCAGUCAGCCACUUCUGCUACUAGUUCUAAAGCACUAUGGGAAAUAGAGGUGGUUCAUCACGACCCAUGCCGUGGGGGUGCAGGGCAGUGGAACAGCUUGUUCAGAUUUAAACACCUUGCAACUGGGAACUAUUUAGCUGCAGAGCUUAAUCCUGAUUAUCGAGAUGCUCAAAAUGAAGGAAAAAAUGUGAGAGAUGGAGACAUCCCAACGCCAAAGAAGAAACGCCAAGCGGGGGAGAAGAUUAUGUACACCUUGGUCUCAGUUCCCCAUGGCAAUGACAUUGCGUCUCUUUUUGAACUGGAUGCCACAACUCUUCAGAGAGCUGACUGCCUGGUGCCAAGGAACUCCUAUGUUCGGUUAAGACACUUAUGUACCAACACAUGGGUAACCAGUACCAGUAUCCCCAUAGACACAGAUGAAGAGAGGCCUGUUAUGCUGAAGAUCGGAACAUGCCAAACAAAAGAGGACAAAGAAGCCUUCGCCAUUGUGUCAGUUCCGCUGUCUGAGGUCCGAGACUUAGAUUUUGCCAAUGAUGCAAAUAAAGUGCUGGCGACCACGGUGAAGAAGCUAGAAAACGGCACCAUCACUCAGAAUGAAAGAAGGUUUGUAACCAAACUACUCGAAGACCUCAUCUUCUUUGUUGCUGAUGUGCCUAAUAAUGGACAAGAAGUACUGGAUGUGUUCAUCACGAAGCCCAACCGAGAACGUCAAAAGCUAACGAGGGAACAAAACAUAUUGGCCCAGGUGUUUGGGAUUCUGAAAGCUCCGUUUAAGGAGAAAGCAGGAGAAGGCGCCAUGCUGAGGCUUGAGGAUCUGGGAGACCAACGGUACGCUCCCUACAAGUACAUGCUGAGGCUCUGCUACCGCGUCCUGAGACAUUCGCAGCAGGACUACCGGAAAAACCAGGAAUAUAUUGCUAAGAACUUCUGUGUCAUGCAAUCCCAGAUUGGCUAUGAUAUUUUGGCAGAAGAUACCAUCACAGCUUUGUUGCACAACAACAGAAAACUACUAGAGAAACAUAUCACAGCAAAAGAAAUAGAAACAUUUGUCAGUUUACUCAGGAGAAAUCGGGAGCCGAGAUUUUUGGAUUAUUUAUCAGAUCUCUGUGUGUCUAAUACCACUGCCAUACCUGUCACUCAAGAACUUAUCUGUAAAUUUAUGCUGAGUCCUGGGAAUGCGGACAUUCUCAUCCAAACAAAGGUUGUCUCAAUGCAAGUAGACCACCCCGUGGACAGCUCCAUCCUUUCAGAUGAGAUGGAUGAUGAAGAAGUUUGGCUCUACUGGAUUGAUAGCAACAAAGAACCUCAUGGCAAAGCGAUCAGGCACCUUGCUCAGGAGGCAAAGGAAGGCACCAAAGCUGACUUGGAAGUUCUGACCUAUUACAGGUACCAGCUAAACCUCUUUGCAAGAAUGUGCUUGGAUCGCCAGUAUCUGGCCAUAAACCAGAUCUCUACACAGCUGUCUGUAGACUUGAUCCUGCGGUGUGUCUCGGACGAGAGCCUGCCGUUUGACCUCCGGGCAUCUUUCUGUCGCCUCAUGCUCCACAUGCACGUGGACCGAGAUCCCCAAGAGUCUGUGGUGCCUGUUCGCUAUGCCAGACUCUGGACAGAAAUCCCAACGAAGAUCACGAUUCAUGAAUACGAUUCUAUAACAGACUCAUCAAGAAAUGACAUGAAGAGGAAGUUUGCAUUGACGAUGGAAUUUGUUGAAGAAUACCUGAAAGAAGUUGUAAAUCAACCCUUUCCUUUUGGGGAUAAAGAAAAAAACAAGUUGACAUUUGAGGUGGUCCAUUUGGCUCGGAAUCUUAUAUACUUUGGAUUUUAUAGCUUUAGUGAGUUAUUAAGGCUGACAAGAACCCUUCUGGCAAUCUUAGAUAUUGUACAAGCUCCCAUGUCAUCGUAUUUUGAAAGAUUAAGCAAAUUUCAGGAUGGAGGAAACAAUGUCAUGAGGACCAUCCACGGGGUGGGCGAGAUGAUGACCCAGAUGGUCCUUAGUAGAGGCUCUAUCUUCCCCAUGAGUGUGCCUGACAUGCAGCCCAGCAUCCAUCCUAGCAAGCAAGGAAGCCACCCUGAACACGAGGAUGUAACUGUGAUGGACACCAAGCUGAAAAUCAUUGAGAUCUUACAGUUUAUCCUGAGUGUCCGACUCGAUUAUAGGAUCUCAUAUAUGCUGUCAAUCUAUAAGAAGGAAUUUGGAGAGAACAAUGAAAACGCGGAGCUCUCUGCCAAUGGCUCUCCGGAGACCCUGCUGCCCUCAGCUAUUGUUCCUGAUAUAGAUGAAAUUGCAGCUCAGGCAGAAACUAUGUUUGCUGGAAGAAAGGAAAAGAAUCCAGUUCAACUUGACGAUGAAGGGGGCAGGACAUUUUUACGUGUGCUUAUCCACCUGAUCAUGCACGACUAUCCGCCUUUGCUCUCAGGAGCCCUGCAGCUACUGUUCAAGCACUUUAGCCAGAGAGCAGAAGUGUUGCAGGCGUUUAAACAGGUGCAGUUACUGGUGUCCAACCAAGAUGUGGAUAAUUACAAACAAAUCAAGGCGGAUCUGGACCAGCUCCGACUGACGGUGGAGAAGUCAGAGCUGUGGGUGGAGAAGAGCGGCAGUUACGAGAAUGAAGACAUGGGCGAGAGUCAAGGAAAGGGUGGCGAAGAGCCCAUUGAGGAAUCCAACAUUUUAAGUCCAGUGCAAGAUGGAACAAAAAAACCCCAGAUUGACAGCAAUAAGAGCAACAACUACCGAAUUGUUAAAGAGAUUUUGAUCCGGCUGAGUAAACUCUGUGUCCAGAAUAAGAAGUGCCGGAGUCAGCACCAGCGCUUACUGAAGAACAUGGGCGCUCACUCGGUGGUGCUGGACCUUUUGCAGGUACCCUAUGAAAAGAAUGAUGAAAAGAUGAAUGAAGUAAUGAAUCUAGCCCACACCUUCCUACAGAAUUUCUGUCGAGGAAAUCCACAGAAUCAAGUUCUUCUUCAUAAACAUUUGAAUUUGUUUCUAACUCCUGGUCUUCUAGAAGCGGAAACCAUGAGGCACAUCUUCCUGAACAAUUACCAUCUGUGCAAUGAGCUCAGCGAGAGGGUCGUGCAGCACUUUGUGCACUGCAUCGAGACGCACGGCCGCCACGUGGAGUACCUGAGGUUUUUACAGACGAUUGUCAAAGCAGAUGGCAAAUAUGUGAAGAAAUGUCAGGAUAUGGUCAUGACUGAAUUGAUAAACGGAGGUGAAGAUGUGCUGAUAUUUUACAACGAUCGAGCAUCCUUUCCCAUCCUUCUCCACAUGAUGUGCUCAGAGAGAGACCGAGGGGAUGAGAGUGGCCCCUUAGCCUACCACAUCACACUCGUGGAAUUGCUGGCAGCAUGCACAGAGGGGAAAAAUGUCUACACUGAAAUCAAGUGCAAUUCCCUUCUGCCCCUGGAUGACAUCGUCAGGGUGGUGACCCACGAUGACUGCAUCCCGGAGGUUAAAAUCGCUUAUGUAAACUUCGUCAAUCACUGUUACGUUGACACUGAAGUGGAAAUGAAGGAAAUCUACACGAGUAAUCACAUUUGGAAACUAUUUGAGAACUUCCUGGUAGACAUGGCAAGGGUAAGCAUUUUGAUUCAUUACAUACUAUUUCAUGUUUAG